GAAUAUUCUCCCUUUCCGCUUAUAUUACCGUCUUCCUCGUCUUCCUCGUCUUCCCUCUUUCAUUUUCCCCACUAAUUUUAACUUCACUCACUUUCCUUCACAAUUUUCUUCCCCAUUAUCCGAUUUUCUUCCAUUUUUACACACAUGAAAUUCGGGAAAAGUCUCAGCAACCAAAUCGAAGAGACCUUGCCGGAAUGGCGGGACAAAUUCCUCUCCUACAAGGACCUUAAGAAGAAGCUCAAACUUGUACAGCCUAAGUCCGGCGACAUUAACCGGCCAUCCAAAAAGCCCAAGCUCGACGCCGACGCCGAUUCCAUCUCCAAUGAAGUCAUUGAUUUCAUUACUCUCUUAGAAAAGGAACUCGAGAAAUUCAAUUCGUUCUUCGUCGAGAAGGAGGAGGAGUACAUAAUCAGAUUGAAGGAGUUACAAGAUAGUGUAGCUAAAGCAAAAGACUUUGACGAAGAGUUGAUACAAAUUCGUAAAGAGAUUGUUGACUUUCAUGGCGAGAUGGUUUUGUUGGAGAAUUACAGUGCUCUUAACUAUACAGGCCUUGCUAAAAUCCUCAAGAAGUAUGACAAAAGAACAGGUGCACUUAUUCGCCUACCCUUUAUACAGAAGGUACUGCAACAGCCCUUCUUCACCACAGACCUACUCUAUAAGCUUGUCAAAGAGUGUGAGGCAAUGCUAGACCGCCUCUUCCCUGCAAAUGAACAGCCUGCAUUGGCCGAGGCAGCUGACAGCAAUGAGGGAUGUGCUCCUAGAGCAUCUUCCACAGCCACCCCGAACAACGAUGGGAUUCUUGGAAUGCCUAAGGAACUAGCAGAGAUUGAGCACAUGGAGAGCGUGUAUAUGAAGAGCACGCUGUCAGCGUUGCGAGUUCUGAAAGAAAUUCGAAGUGGAAGCUCGACUGUCAAUGAAUUUUCAUUGCCACCAUUACAGAUAAAUGGACUAGAGGGGACAUGGAAAAAAGUCCCUGUGCUUGAACAGGAAGCCGUAGCUAAGUAGAGUUUGGCUUUCAGAAGAUAACAUCACUUUAUUUCAUUACUUUUAUGACAGCAUCUUGUAAGAAUGAAUUAGAUACUAAAAAACAUGUAAAAUCUUAAAUAUAAAUCCCCCCAAAAAAAUAGUAAGUUGAAAGGGAGUGUUCUUUUUUCCUGUUUGCCAUGUUUUUGUUUGUGGCAGUCAAAUGGUUUUAUACAAAUCUCAGAUGCAUUUGAGCA